CUGGCAGUCAGUCUCAAACUUUCACAGACAUCAAGGACCAGACGUCUUCCGCAGAGUUGUUCGUUCCUGACGAUAACCGCGAUAUGGUUUCAUGAAGAGAAGACAAUUCAGGCCAAGAACGGCUACUCUGCCAGGAGUCUUUCUGGAUUGUCGGCGCCAGCGGGAAGUUUUGCUUUCGUUGUUUCCUAACCACCAACCCUUUUAAGUCAAAGAUGCCAGGACCAACUGAUGAUAAAUCAUCGAAGUCAUUUCGACGAAUCAUUGGACAAAAGAGAAUGACCUCUCUCAGUGUAUUUACAAAAAAUGGAAACAUUCUACCUGAUGAAGAGCAAUCCGCUUUUCUUAAACGAAUGAGGAAGGAGUGGAGCGACUUAGGGGAGGAGGGCAGGAGAAGUUACCAAAGGAAAGCUCUCCUGGAAAAGCAGCAGGUUCCUGAUACAGAAGAAGAAAAGGAAGCCUAUCUGCGCAGAGUAUGCAUUGAAUUACAAGACCUGACUGAUUUCAUGAAGCAGCUGGGGUGGACAUUUUACUUCAAGAUCUUAACAACAGACUCUGUUAUAGAGUCACCAUAUGUCCCAGCUGCUACAAUAGAGUCACCAUAUGUCCCAGCUGCUACAAUAGAGUCACCAUCUGUCCCUACUGCUACAUCUGCCCAAACUGCCUCAUCAGACCCCGUAUCCCUAGCCUGCCCAAAACAUUCAUAUGAGGAAAAAAGAAACCUGCGGCGACGCGUUCAAAAACUAUUUAAUGGAUUGUAUCAUGAAGCCACAGGAAAUUACGAAAACUUCCCAUACAAACGACAUAAGGAAAAUCCACAGCUGGCUGUGAUUGGCAUGCCACAUGGAGUUCCGUUCAAGGAACCUUUUAGCUAUGGGUUUCCUGCACUGCAGGCAAUACUGAAUAACAGCAACCAUAUCAAAAUGGUACCUCUUAAUCAAAGACAAGUGCCUCUGCAGGAGGAGUUCACUGGUGUUGUCUCCAGCCUGCCUGAAGGAGAUCACAGUGUUGCCCUGUCCUCACAUGGGAGUGGAGAUGUUGCUGUUAUUGCUGAGGUUGUGGACAUCACCCCAGUUGGAGGAGAGGACAUUGUUGCCCCACCUCCACAGGAGAGUGCAGAUGUCCCUGCUAAUGUAAAUGUGGUGCACCCUUUGGAUCAGCACACUGAAGAGGCAUCUGGAGUGCUUGAUGUCCCUGUCAUACAGAAAAGACCACUGGAUGGAAUUGCUAAAGCUGGUUAUGAAACACCAAGAAUCAUAUGGUCUUCUGAAGAGAUUAAAACUAUUUAUGAACAAUUUGGAGAUGAGUUACAUGGAAAGAAAACUAUCCGCAUGGACAACAUAUUAACAUUUAUAAGAAGUUCUAAUUUCCAAAGGACACCUUCUGCUGUCCAGAACUACUUGUUAAGAAAAAGGAAAGAGAACAUUACCAAAGGCAAUUAAGGUAAAGGUUGUCUCCUUACCUUUGUUAUGCCAUAAGGGAGGAUUCAGAAUCAACACAGAACUAUUGAUCUUACAUUCCACCCAAAAAGCCCACCACUCAUCUUGUUUGUGGCUUCUGGCUACAACCAUACCUACCUGCACACAUUAAUUCAGUCAAGCUUCAAGAUCUCUGUAUGUUUCACCCCCCAACUUCCUAAAGAAAACCCUCAAAACAAAAGCAGAACAAAUGUCCUCAAUAAAAGGAUAAAAAGCUUGUAGAUUGUAUACAUAUAUAUAAAUAUGAGGCACCAGGAUGCAAGUAGGCUGAGCACACUUUCUCAAGCUAACAGCCUCAUCUUAAAUAUGCUGCGUUAGCAGGGGAGAAAGUUUGUAACUUUAUGUUCACAGAGUAUUGUCUAGGCAUAUAACAUAACAAUACCUAUACUGCUAUUGGAUAGCUCUUUCUCUGUGGUGUUGAUUUAAUUUAUAACAAUGUGUACAGAUUGUGGGCAGUUUGUAAAUGUGCUGUUUUUUAUAGUGUGUUGCAGUUUGGCAGUACCUACAUUUGAGUGAUGCUUACUAUGGUGAUUUAGGUCACUAGUGUGUACAGAUACUGGGAAUCUGUAAAUGUGCUGGGUUUUUUUUUAUAGUGUUGCAAUUUGACAUUACCUACAACUGAGUGAUGUUUACUGUGCAAACUAUUUGUUUUUAAAAUAAAAUCAGUUUAUCAGCUGUUCAUUCUCUUUGAUUACCAUUGACCUGUGAUCUUUAUACGUGAAGAUCUAUGAGCAAGUGACAGUGAAAUAAUGCAAUAAUAAACAUUUUCACAAGGAAAAAAUGUAGAAAGGCUGCAGAGGAACCAAAAAAGCGUAUCUGCAUAUAGACAUCUUUAUAGUGGACCACAUUUUGUGUUAAAUAAAUAUUUGUUGUGGCAUGAAUUGCGAUUGUAUCUGCAUAAAGUUGCGCAGUAAUCCUGUGUUGGUGUUGAUAGGUGGAAUAAUCAUAUUUACCAUUCUCCCUUCCCACAUUCAACGUGGGACAACACAUGCACCAUACAUCAAAGCACUUAAAAAACAGCACAACCCUUCACAAGGCACUACCCUCACUUCUCUUUCCCUUCAUAUUGUGAUGUUCAGGUGACAAUGAUGAUGAUGCUUUUUAUUAGUAGUGCUUCUACGCCUACUCAAUACCAUUGCACAACAAAUCAUUUAGCCAGGGCGUGAUCCAGUUCAAAGCUUCCUACCCUUGUGCUUGUAGUUCGACUUGAGGUACACAUACCUUAACAAGGACCAUGCGCGUGUCUUGACUUGUCAAGUGCUGCAUGUAAUGACAAAGUCAGUAUAGUGCUUGCUUUUUUUUUUUCUUCUGGCAACUGGGGUAACAUGGGUCAGUGCACGCUGUAUGUCCUUUUCUGCUUGCUCAUACUUUCUGUCGUAUGCCAAUGACGAGAACGAUUCAGGACCAAUGAAGGAAGUAUAGCAGCCACAAGCUUUGGGUUUUCCUUUGUGAAUUAAUUGUUCUUAGUGUGCUGGGUCUAUUUCCGAAG